UGAGGAAAUUUGAAUGUGAAGAGAGGUCUUUCCCGUUUUUUGCCCUUGUAAUCCCUCAUGGGUCCUAACAGUUUUAGCAGUCAUGGGUCCUAACAGUUUUAGCAGUCAAUAAGCCAUGAUCAGACUUCUCUUCCUUUGAACGACUGGCUACAAUGGACGGCGGGAAGCCCCAGACAGUGUGCUGUAUCGGUGAAAUCCAUGGCUACAUCUCCAGGCUCCAGUCUCUCUGGUCGAACCUUGAAGCUUGGAUCCCCCGAUCUUACUUCGACUCCGCGAUGAUAAUCUUCCUCAGUGACUACUGUGACCGCGGCCCUGACACCCACCGCGUUAUUGACUUCCUCAUCUCCCUGCCCUCCCGGUACCCUCGACAGAAGCACAUCUUCCUCGCCGGGAACCGCGACUUCGCCUUGGCAGCUUUCAUUGGGGCCAUCCCGCCGCCUCCAGACAGGAGCGGCUUCCGGGAUGGUUGGAAGGAGUAUGAAGUGAAUGAGGAGAGGGAAGGGUGGUAGGGCGUGGGAUACAAAAGGAUGCACCUUCAGGGGCGGAUGUGGGCAGGGAAGAUGACAGUGAAGUUUGACCACAAGGGGAUGGAGUUCAAGGGGUCGGUUUAUGAUGCCACACCGACGUUCGAGGCCUAUGGUGUUCCUCACGGGUCUGCCGAUUUGGUUCGGCUGUGCCUGAGGAACAUGAGAAGUUUCUUGCUGACCUGGUUUGGGUUCAUGAGGAGGUCAGUCAAGCGAACAUUCUCCUAUGAAGGCAAAGGAUACUGGAAUACCAGAAGUGGAAGCUCUCAGUGGGAGGAAGACUGUCUGGGAUAUACCCGAGGGAAGGUUUUUGCGGGGAAGUCUUCAUAUGAUUCCGACUCUUCUUAUCUAAUGGCGGCUGCAUCUGGGAGAGUCCUCGUUCCUGGAAGUCAGGGUGAUGAUCCUUCUUCCUCUGCUGAUCUGUCGAAGACAUCACCAACAGAUUCAGAAGAUCCAGAGGUGAUUAGUGACUCCACCGAUCUAACAAUGGAAGUUGAAGAGGAGAUUGAGCAAGAAAAGCAAGAUUCUCUAGAAGAUGAUGAUGCAUCUGAAGUUGCAGAUAAAUCUACUCCACUAAUGGAUGUUUCGAGUGUUGAAAAAGAGGAAUUAAGAAAAACAACCAUUCCCCCACCCGGUCCUGGGCAGAGAAUUUAUGAAAUAGAUCCAAUGUUGCUGGGCUUCCGUGAGCAUCUUGAUUACCGGUUUGGACAGUACAGAAGAAUUCGUGAAGCAAUUGAUAAAUACGAGGGUGGAUUGGAGGCAUUUUCUCGGGGAUAUGAAAAACUUGGCUUUUCUCGCAGUGCUGAAGGCAUAACUUACAGGGAGUGGGCCCCUGGAGCAAAGUCGGCAGCAUUGAUUGGAGAUUUUAACAAUUGGAAUCCUAAUGCAGAUACUAUGAGCCGGAAUGAAUUUGGGGUCUGGGAGAUAUUUUUGCCAAAUAAUGCAGAUGGUUCUCCAGCAAUUCCACAUGGUUCACGAGUGAAGAUCCGAAUGGAUACACCUUCUGGUAUUAAAGAUUCAAUUCCUGCUUGGAUCAAGUUUUCUGUACAACCUCCUGGUGAAAUCCCAUACAAUGGGAUAUACUAUGAUCCUCCAGAAGAGGAGAAGUAUGUUUUCAGACAUCCUCGACCAAAGAAACCCAAAUCACUUCGGAUAUAUGAGUCGCAUGUAGGAAUGAGUAGCCCGGAGCCAAAGAUUAAUACCUAUGCGAACUUCAGAGAUGAUGUUCUUCCUCGUAUUAAAAGACUGGGUUAUAAUGCUGUCCAGAUCAUGGCAAUUCAAGAACAUUCUUAUUAUGCAAGUUUUGGGUAUCAUGUCACAAACUUCUUCGCUCCUAGCAGCCGUUUUGGAACUCCUGAUGAUCUGAAGUCUAUGAUAGACAGAGCACAUGAGCUGGGUCUGGUGGUUCUCAUGGACAUAGUUCAUAGCCAUGCAUCAAACAAUGUAUUAGAUGGUCUGAACAUGUUUGAUGGAACAGAUGGUCACUACUUCCACUCAGGAUCGCGAGGUUAUCAUUGGAUGUGGGAUUCUCGUCUUUUCAACUAUGGAAGUUGGGAAGUAUUAAGGUAUCUUCUGUCCAAUGCAAGAUGGUGGCUUGAAGAAUACAGAUUUGAUGGUUUCAGAUUUGAUGGUGUAACUUCAAUGAUGUAUACCCACCAUGGGCUGCAGGUGGCAUUUACAGGAAAUUACAAUGAGUACUUUGGAUAUGCAACUGAUGUGGAUGCCAUGGUGUAUCUGAUGUUGGUCAAUGAUAUGAUUCAUGGGCUCUUCCCUGAGGCUAUUACAGUUGGUGAAGAUGUUAGUGGAAUGCCAACCGUUUGCAUUCCUGUCCGAGAUGGCGGAGUGGGAUUUGAUUACCGUCUGCAUAUGGCAGUAGCUGAUAAAUGGAUUGAAAUUCUCAAAAAACGAGAUGAAGAUUGGAGAAUGGGGGACAUUAUAAAUUCCCUCACCAACAGAAGGUGGUUGGAGAAGUGUGUUGUGUAUGCUGAGAGUCAUGACCAAGCCCUAGUCGGCGACAAAACUAUUGCAUUCUGGUUGAUGGACAAGGAUAUGUAUGAUUUCAUGGCUUUGGAUAGACCUUCAACUCCGGUUAUAGACCGUGGAAUUGCUUUGCACAAGAUGAUCAGGCUUAUUACUAUGGGUUUGGGUGGAGAGGGGUACUUGAAUUUCAUGGGGAAUGAAUUUGGGCAUCCGGAAUGGAUAGACUUUCCGAGGGGCAGUCAACAUCUUCCAGAUGGCAGAGUGAUUCCUGGGAACAAUUUCAGUUACGAUAAAUGCCGGCGUAGAUUUGAUCUAGGCGAUGCCGAUUACUUGAGAUACAGCGGAAUGCAAGAAUUUGAUCAGGCUAUGCAGCACGUUGAAGAAGCAUAUGGUUUCAUGACUUCUGAGCACCAAUAUAUAUCAAGGAAAGAUGAAGGUGAUAGGAUUGUCGUGUUUGAGAGAGGGAACCUCGUCUUUGUCUUUAAUUUCCACUGGAACAAUAGCUACACCGAUUACCGUGUUGGCUGCUUGAAGCCCGGAAAGUAUAAGGUUGCCUUGGAUUCAGAUGCUCUUUUGUUUGGAGGUCACGGUAGAGUCAGUCAUACAGCAGAAUUCUUCACCUUUGAAGGGUGGUAUGAUGAACGGCCUCGAUCAUUCCUAGUGUACGCACCCUGCAGAACUGCUGUGGUCUAUGCCUUAGUUGAGGAUGAAAUUGAGGACGAAGUCGAGGUCGGAAUCAAGGAAAAAGUCGAGGACGAAGUCGAGAUCGGAGUCAAGGAAAAAGUGGAGGACAAAGUCGAACUCGGGGGCGAGGCUGAAGAAGAUCCAAUUUCGGAGUUACCUUGAGGGGAUUGUUCUGCUCAAACCAGAAUGAAAGAGGAUAUGCGAGUUCAACUAGAAGUUAGGCGGAUCUGGGGUUCUGAGCUAUAAAGGUAAAAGCUUUUCGCCACCUCCGUCAGCAUACGGUUGGGACUGGACGAGACCGAUGAACAAAGGCAGCAAUUUCUUGAGCUCGUUAGGAGUAACCGACUCUGCUUAGUAUGAAGGCCUUAAUUCAUAGUAGCUUUGUAUAUCGGAUAGAUAGUUUGCUUUGUAUAGUUGGAUGGCUUAUUUGUAACAUUACCACGAAAUUUACAUUUCUAAUAAGUUUGCGAGCAGUUCAGUGAAAAUCGUUUGGCUGA